AUGACUUUUCCAUACAAGCAUGUUCUCCUCAUCGGAGCGACUUCAGGUAUUGGUCGCGCUAUGGCCGACCGACUUGCUGAGAGUGGUCUUAAAGUCACCGCUGUCGGUCGUCGACAGGAACGCCUAGAUAAAUUCGUCCGCAUGCACGGCGAGGACAAGGCCAGCAGCGUGGCAUUUGAUCUUGCAGACAUCAAAGCAAUUCCCGGCUUUGUCGAGAGUGUUACCAAGACUUUCCCGGACAUUGACUGUGUCUUUUUUAAUGCGGGUGUUCAGCAUAUUUAUGACAUGAGCGAUCCCACCAAAUUCGACCUCGAUCAAUUCCAAAAUGAAGUUAGUCUCAACUUCAACAGCUUCGUGGCUCUUACGCAUGCCAUCUUGCCCUUCUUGACCAGCAAAAAUACUCCGACCAGUUUGAUUUUUACGGGCUCCAACCUUGCCAUUGUGCCUGCUGUACCCAUGCCUGCCUAUUGCGCAUCCAAGGCAGCGCUAAAUGUUUUCGUGCUUUGCUUGCGGGAGCAGCUGUCCAAGACGAAUGUGAAGGUCAUUGAAAUCUCACCGCCUUUAGUGCAGACCGAGCUUCAUGACUACAUGGGAGAGGAGAAAGGGCGGGGCAUGGGUAUGCCUUUAGGUCAGUUCAUCCAUGUGACACAUGAAGGACUGUUGGCUGGGAAGGAUCAGAUCGUUGUUGGUUCUGUGGGAUCCGCGGAGGUGUUCAAUGAUAUUCUUGACAAGAGACGAUCUGCUUUUGAUGAAUUGGCGAAGAUGAUGAGGUCUAAUUUCUGA